AUGGUGAAUGAGCAGCACGACAGGGAUGAGACCUUCUGGGCCCCCGGAACGGUCGCCCUUGAAGAUGUCCAUCGCACCAGAGAUCAACUAGUUUUGUUCCCGACUCCUUCCUCCGACCCCAACGAUCCCCUCAAUUGGUCUACAGCUCGCAAAGCUUUGAACUUCACCUUGGUUAGCUUUUUUGUCUUGUGGACUUUCGUGCAAUUGGACAUUGGGUUCACUGCAUGGGGCCCCAUGGAGACUGAGCUAGGCUUCUCGGUUGAUAUUCUUAAUGCCGGGGCAGCUGUUAAUUAUGGUGGUCUCGGAAUUGGAUGCUUCUUCUUCAUCCCUCUCGUCCACAAAUAUGGUCGCCGCCCAAUUUAUAUUUUUAGCGUCGCACUUCAACUUGCAUCCUGUGUAUGGCAAGCUGAGAUACAAAAUGUUGGGGGGUUCAUUGGUGCCAAUUUAAUCUCAGGCCUAGGGGGUGCUAUCAGUGAGAUUAUCGUGCAGAUCACCGUGGCGGACCUGUUUUUCGUGCACCAGCAUGCCACUAUGAAUGGAUGGUUCGUCAUUUUUCAGUCUGCAGGAGCUUUCCUUGGACCCGUUGCCUCUGGCUACAUUGUUGACUCCCAAGGUUGGCGGUGGAUGUGGUGGUGGUGUGUCAUCUUCUUUGCCGUGACACUUGUAUGUGUUUUGUUCCUGUUCGAGGAGUCCAAAUAUAUCCCUGUCAUUGACGGCCAAGUCGUGAUUCCUCAAUCUGAUACACGAAAGGAUUCCAUCAAAGAUAGCAAGGCUCCGAAUCAGGCCGACGACGAUGCUGAGGUCUCUCAUCCUGGUGUGCUCGCUAGCCAGGCUAGGAUCAACCCCAACAUCAAACCCAAGACAUACUGGCAGCGGAUGCCUUGGGUGACAGUCUCCUCAGAGUCCAUGUGGCCCCAUUUUACACAGCCUAUUGUGACUCUAUUUACCUUUCCGGCAGUAACAUACGCUGCCAUCACGUAUGGAUCGACCCUGGCAUGGUUUGCUAUCAUGACUUCGCUCCAGGCGUCGUAUAUGCUAUUGCCUCCGUACAAUUUUAAUGCGAUUGGAAUUGGCCUGAUGAAUCUUCCUCCCUUCAUCGGAGCCAUAAUCGGUUUUCCAGUCGGUGGAUGGCUCAGCGACAAGUCAAUCCUAUGGCUUUCUAAGAAAAACAAUGGUAUUUACGAACCAGAGAUGCGUCUCUGGCUUGCCUUGCCGGUUGCCAUAUUCGGCCCGGCUUCACUACUCAUGUUUGGUUUGGGACUUGCCUAUGGCGUUCAUUGGUCGCUUUUGGCUGUUGGAUUUGGUGUUUACGGCUUUACUCUGGCCUCUGUCAGUGGUAUCUCUCUAUCCUAUCUUAUGGAUUGCUAUCAAGAUGUUAUCGGAAAUGCCCUCGUGGGAGUGAUCUUCAUGCGCAAUAUAAUUUCAGUCAUCGUUCUGUUUGUACUAACCCCCUGGGUCAAUGGUAUGGGCAUGCAAAACCUUCAUGUUCUCUGUGCCAUGGUCGCGUUUGCUAUAUAUCUUAUUCCCGUUCCACUCUUAAUAUGGGGCAAGAAGGCAAGGGUUGCAACUGCAAAAUCAUACCGGGCAAUGGCCGAGAAGCAAGUAACUCAUCGUGCUGUUUAG